AUGAGAUUCCUACUGCCGAAAUCCCGGAUACUUUUCCAGGUGAGACAUCCUAGUUACCUGCUGCCACAGGAGCACUGGGAAGCGAGGCGAAAGUAACUCAGGCCCUAGACCGCCACUCGUCCGUUCGUGCCAGCCUUUACAAAUGCCUCCAAGUUCUCUUACAAACAACAACAACUUCGAUUGCUCUCGGAAUCUACCCGCCAGGCUAUUGAGCGCGUCUUGUCGGCCAAGCCUGUAGUCCUCUUCAUGAAGGGGACCCCGGAAUCCCCGCAGUGCGGGUUCUCCCGCGCUUCCAUUCAGAUUCUAGGCUUGCAGGGGGUCGACCCAAAGAAAUUUGUGGCUUUCAAUGUUUUGGAAAACAAUGAGAUUCGGGAAGGUAUUUCUUUUUGCCCUCAUGUCCAUUUGACGAUUUCGACGAUAGUGGUGGAUGCGGUGGACUCGGGCUAAUUCCGAUGGCGGGAUAUGGAGUAGGUAUCAAGGAAUACUCCAAUUGGCCAACUAUACCCCAGCUCUACGUUAAUAAGGAGUUUAUUGGCGGAUGCGAUAUCCUCGUCUCAAUGUAUCAGUCCAAAGAACUCGGAGAUUUGCUAGAGAAGGAGAAGGUUCUUGUGCCGCCGGAGGAGAGUGCCGAUGCCAAUGCCGAGAAACCGAGUUCUUAGGAAGGUGCGCGGUAAGGGAGCAAGAAAGGAUAGAAUCUAUCUGUUAAUUGACUGAAUAAAAAACGGAUAGGCCUCUUUUGUGUUCCUGAGAUAAGUAUUCUGCUCUGUAACUGUUCUUGGUUCAUAGUGUACGCUAUGCGUGAGGCUUUCUUAAUUUCCUUGCAGCAGUUCUGGUGCUACUCGUUGAUCGGGUUUAACAUAUAUCUCAC